AUGUUCAGAGGAGACCAUGACAGUCUGGAAAUAGCUUCGACGCAGAGAUCUUGGCUGUGGCCCCAGCUCAUUGGCAUUACAAGUGCCGUAGCGUAUCUCCACGAAACGUCGAACACGGCGCAUAGAGAUAUAAAACCCUCAAACGUACUUGUCUAUGUCGACGCGAAGAAUGAAGGACCAACUCUCAAGCUGGCUGACUUCGGCUUAUCUGUGGACCUUAGCGAUGCGAUAACAUGGCAAAAGGGAAGCACCGCUGCAAAGUCCGCCUUGCCCUACGAUGCCCCAGAAUACAGAUCAGCAUACAUGGGAAGGCUGGAGACUGUCCCUCAGUUGCCAUCCCCCAGUAUCCUACUGUCAAACGACAUAUGGAAGCUCGGAUGUGUGUUCACAGAGCUUGCGGCAUUCAUAGUGGGGGGAUCCAAAGGCGUCAAGGAAUUCAGACACUCCAUUCUAACGGAGACACGCAUUGACAAAACCAAGUUUGUGUCAGACUCGUUCGAAAAUGUGGACAAUGGCAAAAGGAUGCAGUUUGACAAUGGGGAAAGAGUCAAGCCAGAGGUUAUCCAAGCAAUUGAGACCCUCAGCACCAGCUGCGAAGAGGUAGCUCAAAUACGGUAUAUGCUUAACGCUAUGCUGGGAGAGGCCGAUGUUCGCCCAAAAGCUCGAGAGAUUUGCCAGUAUUUGAUUCAGUUCUACAUCAUCAAAACAGGACAGGACCAGGUUCAUCUAGGGGACGUAGGGCUACCGCCUUCAGCACAAGCAAACAGUAACAUCCCAGAGUACGAACACGGUAUCAACCCACCCGACGCGAUCCAGAUGAAGCUUGUUGCCGCCCAAAUUGUGGCUGGUCUGAGAGAUCCUGGAGCAGUUCGGGGGCAAACCGAAAUGGUAUCCAUGCUUCCCAAGAAGAGGGUGCCACCGGACUUCAAGAAGACAAUGAGGGCCAUGGGCUGGGGAAUGCAUGCGAAAAUGGGCUACUCUGCGAAGAAGAUACUUUGGUGGCUGAUGUUCUGUGUUGUGUUCCUGGUCAUGUCUGCCGCUCCUUGGCUCAUAUGGGUAGACCACUUUGAUCUGCAGAACGCCUUCAUGCCGGGGUGCACUAUCCUCGCAGUGCUCACAAUCUGCGUUGCGGUUGCGCAAACAGAUGCCUCUCACAAUGCCGAUAUUGCAUCCCCUCCCGCCUCUUUGCGCCGCUCGAAUAUCCCUGACAUCGACAAUUCCGAUGGAGUCAGCUCCAUGCACCGGAAGAGCCGCACCACAGUCAAUGCUUCCAGGUCAUCCUCUUUAUCGUCGGUUCCUUCUACCCGUACGGAAGACGAUGCCAUGGCACACCUGGAUUUCGUCACUAAGCAAAAGGUCUCCCUCGACCUCGAAACCUACCCUCCCUUGGAUCACGCUACCCAGAACGCCAUCGUCGCCGCCUACCGCCGCCUCGAUGACCGGUUGAGAGCUCAGGGCCUGUAUGACUGCAACUACAGGGCGCAUGCCACUGAAGUAUCCCGGUACACCAUGCUCUUCGCCGUCAUGCUGCGUUUCUUUCAUUGGGGCUGGUAG